AUGGCCCAGCCUGACCCGCAGCGGUACAGGGACGCUGCCAGGUCCGGGAGCGGGCAAAGCAGCACCCCGACGGGUGGCAGAGCUCUGUCAGCGGGUCACAGCUCGGCUAGAUGGAGAGAUGGCAGCAGUGUCGCUUGUCCCGGGCACGGCGGGGGGGAUCCACGGCCCUCAGGGGCCAGCCCGGCCUUCCCCCGAUCCGCAUCACCCACGCUCCGCGAGGGAUGUCAGCCUGCGACGAGACGGGCCCGAGGACACCCGCAUUGUCCCGGUGGGGUCUACCUGGCCACCGGCCCCCCCGGCAGCAGGCGGGGAAGACACUGCCAGGGCACCUCUUUGUCUGCCGCCCGCAGCCGGGCCAAGCGCCGCGGCGAAGCCCGGUGCCCCCGGCCGCCGUGCCGCCGGCGCAGCGCUGCCAUCCCCCGCGGCCCCGGGGAGCGCAGAUCGGCGGUGCCACCGCCCCUUUCGUCCCUUCCCUCACCGCAGCUCCGGCCCGGUCACCGUCACACGCCCGCCGGGCAGGGAGGAAGCGCGGAAGGCCAAAGGCCGCCGCGGCACUAUCGCGACGCGGUCCCGCCGCCCCCGGGGACGGAUCGCCGGGCCAACGCGGCCGUGAGGCGGAUCGGGGCCCGCGGCCUGCCCGGCGCCACCGUUCCCCCGCGCCCCGCGCCGGCGGCUCUUACCGUGCGAGCGGCGCCAGGAGCUGCUCCGAGCGGGAGCGGCGCUACGGGGGUCGGGCCGCGGCCGCCGCCGGGGCCAUGGGGCGGGCGGGGCGGGCACGUGACCGGAACGGGCCGCGGGGCGCCGGGGGCGGGGCCCGCGCCACGUGACACGGGAGCGGCGCCGACGCCGCGCUUCCUCGGCCGUCACGUGGCGCCGGCGCCCCUCCCGCCCCCCGCCCCGGUCACGUGGCGGCCGCUCCCCCGUCGCCAUGACGGCGGCGGGCGGAGGGGGCAGUGA